CCCCGCACGCACAUGGCUGGCCAAGCACACAUGCUAAGUGCUGAAGAGAGGGACCAGCUGCUGCCGAACUUGAGAGCUGUGGGCUAGAGUGAGGUGGAAGGCCGUGAUGCUAUCUUUAAGCAGUUUCAUUUCAAAGACUUCAAUAGGGCCUUUGGGUUCAUGACAAGGGUGGCCCUGCAGGCUGAGAAACUCGACCACCAUCCCGAAUGGUUUAACGUGUACAACAAGAUCCAUAUCACCCUGAGCACUCAUGAGUGUGCAGGACUUUCUGAGUGGGACAUAAACCUGGCCAGUUUCAUCGAACAAGUAGCUGUGUCCGUGACAUAGGCCCGGUCUUUCCUCAAAUUCCUCACGGGAGUAGGGUGACUGAAUUGGGAAUCCUGGGAGGAAGGUGAGGA